GCUUAUGGCAUACUAAAGAUGAAACGGUGGAAUAUAACAAGUACAGUACUUUGUAUCUUACACUAUGUACAACAAAAUUUUUAGGUUUUUAUUUAUUGGAAAAAAUCAAGAAUUGUUUUUCCAAAUACCCAUUUUGAAUCUUGGUUCAUGAAAAAAAUUAGAAGUAGAAGUUUCUGGAGUUCUACUACUACUGCUGCUCUUAUCAUCGCCAAUGAUAUUUGGGAAAGAUGGGAACCUUUAUAAGUUCGCUUUAGUUUUUGUCGAAAUGAAGUAGCAGAUCUUACAGUCUUCGACUUUCCUAUGAGUGGCAUUGGUUACAACCUUGUGUGUUGCUCGUAACGAUUGGAGAACAAUCCAAAAUUAUGUGUUAAAUGGUUUCAUGAGAUUAUAGUACAGACCUGGUUUUGUCUUGGCAAAAUGUUGACAUUCACAACUUAAGGAAUGCUGGCUAAGUUGAAACAAGAAAAGGGGAAGCAACAUGAGUAGUGUAACUCAUGAGAGUGCAGAAAUGAACAAUGGUACAAAGAAUCGAGAGAAUCAUAAACAGCAAUUUUCCCGAGAUGUCAUGCUGGGUAGUGAGCUAUGGACAGAUGGUCUGCUUUGUGCCUUUGAAUUUGUCCGUAGCCAGCGGAAGACAAAUGGCGCGAGAUCGACUGAACAUCAUGCUUCAAGGGAACCUAAAAAACAACCAUUCUAUAAAAGGGGAGCGAGUAAGUUCCCACCGCAAGAUGUUGACAAGGACGACUUUAUAGAACCUCAUCGUCCCACAGAAUCUAGAUAUGUCGACAUCGAGAACGGGGAUGGCCAAAGUUAUCAGCAAGACUAUCCAAGUUAUCAGCAAGACUAUCCUUAUUAUUCUCUAGAAAGGUCUCCCGGUAGUUACUGGAUACCAAUAGGCUGGGCUAGAAUAUCUGAGCUGCUUCAGACUGUGAAUAUUGAUAGUGCUUGGGCCUCUCAGCCUGUUGAUCUCAGUGAUGAGGAAGAUGACGUCACUGUAGCAGAUGUUGCAGCUCCAUACUGGCAACGUCCAGUUGGACCAACUUGGUGGUGUCACGUAGCUGCGGGUCACCCUUCCGUCAAUGCAUGGUUAAGCAAGGCUCAGUGGCUACAUCCUGCCAUAAGUACUGCCUUGCGAGAUGAAAGCAAGCUGAUCAGUGAACGUAUGAAGCACCUUCUCUAUGAGGUGCCGGUUAGAGUUGCGGGUGGAUUACUCUUUGAACUCUUAGGGCAGUCAGUUGGUGAUCCUUAUGUCGAAGAAGAUGACAUCCCAGCUGUCAUACGAUCGUGGCAAGCACAAAAUUUCUUGAUAACUGCAUUGCAUGUUAAAGGAUCUGCAUCAAAUAUCAAUGUGAUAGGUAUUGCAGAAGUCCAGGAACUACUCGCCGCUGGCUCAUCUAAUGUUCCACGAACAAUUCAUGAGGUAGUAGCACUCCUAGCUUGUCGCCUGGCUCGGUGGGAUGACAGGUUAUAUCGGAAGUAUAUUUUUGGGGCAGCUGAUGAAGCUGAACUGAAGUUCAUGAACAGGAGAACCCAUGAAGACGUGCAGUUGUUCAGUGUAAUUUUGAAUCAAGAGAUUAGAAGGCUGUCGACACAGGUUAUCCGAGUAAAAUGGUCUUUACAUGCAAGAGAAGAGAUUGUAUUCGAGCUUCUCCAACAUCUUAGAGGAAAUACUGCAAAGAUUUUGCUUCAAGGAAUACUAAAAAGUACAAGACAAAUGAUUGGAGAACAAGAAGCAGUUCGUGGCCGCUUGUUUACAAUUCAAGACGUCAUGCAGAGUACUGUCCGUGCUUGGCUACAGGAUCGGAGCCUUCGAGUCCAACAUAAUCUAGGAGUUUUUGGGGGCUGCGGACUUGUUCUUUCUAUUAUCACAGGGCUAUUCGGGAUAAAUGUGGACGGAAUUCCUGGAAACCAGGGAGCCCCAUAUGCGUUUGCCUUCUUCUCUCUUGCCCUCGUCGUGGUAGGGGCUGGGUUAAUUGCUAUCGGAUUAAUCUAUCUUGGGUUGAAAAAACCAUUCAUGGAGGAGCAAGUCGAGGUGAGAAAACUAGAGUUACAAGAACUCGUCAAGAUGUUCCAGCACGAGGCGGAAUCACACGUGCAGGUUCGAAAGGAUGCUGCUUCAGACGCCAAGAAGCCAGUUGGUUCGACAGGUAUAACGCCAGAUGGAGACAAAUAUGUUGUCAUUAGUUGAUCAAAACAUAGAAAUACCAAGUCCCGCGAUACUGCAUCAUGUUGAAAAUCGAAAAAAAAUUUGGAUCUCGUCACAACUGGUAGAAGGAAGCUGCAUAGAUAGAAUACUUCUGCUGCUUCAUAAGUUGAAUGUGCAGGUGCAUUCUUUAAGUUCUUCUCUUCGUUUUGUUUAUACAGAAAGUAGGUCUAAUUCGAAAUACAGUUGUGCGUUUAGAUUUGUAUGUGCAUUUUUCUGGAUUCAUCGACAUGGUUGCAUAUGUUCUUGGUAGUCGAGGCAGCGGGAAAAACAUCACAGAUAGUCACUUUUCAGCUCCUAUAAUUGAAUAAUAGUCAUUGUCCCGAGCAAAAGGAAGAGUACAAGAGGUAGGUCUCACCCGACAGACCAGUAAACACUUCUACGCGACAGUCAAAUGAGCAUUAUACUGAGGAGUCAUUGGAAAUUAUCGUGAACUUCUUUUCCCGGAGAAGAAGCAGUGACGGUAUCUGGGGGAACAGGCAUCGGCUGACUCUGUGCCAACAGCUGCGGUAAUACAGAGGAUGCAAGCAUUAUUCAGAAUGAUUGGGCGUAAAGCGUCUGUAGGUGGUUUUUUAGUUCCGCUGUCAAAUCCCAGAGCCGGAUCCACGGAAAGAUCCACCUUAUUCAUGCUCCGCACAGCAACUUGCCCGGGCAAUAUUAUGUCUGUGUCACUCUUAAGAGUAGCAUAAGUUGCAGCUAAUGAAGAUUAUGCCUUGUCCAUAUUUGUGAAA